GGGAAAUUACGUACACAAAAGACCAGACGGCUUCCGGUACAGAUGUGAUCGAGGUUUUUUACUUAUUUCAAUGGAAAAUUUUCGGAAAAUUGAGAAGAUUGGCGAAGGAACCUAUGGCGUGGUGUAUAAAGCACAAGAUAAGACCACCGGACAACUUGUAGCAUUAAAGAAAAUCAGAUUAGACACUGAGUCAGAAGGUGUGCCAAGUACAGCAAUUCGAGAAAUUUCCCUGUUGAAGGAACUUGAUCAAAGCUGCAUUGUCAGAUUACUAGAUGUUGUCCAUAGUGAGCAGAAGUUGUACUUGGUGUUUGAGUACCUAAAUCAGGACCUGAAGAAGUACAUGGAUAGCUGUCCAGCCUCUGGGAUGCCAUCAUCGCUCAUCAAGAGCUACAUGCACCAAUUGCUUCAAGGAAUAGCCUACUGUCAUUCACACCGAGUGUUACACAGAGACUUGAAGCCGCAGAACUUGUUGAUUGAUGUGGAGGGCAAUAUCAAACUGGCAGACUUUGGACUAGCCAGGGCAUUUGGUGUCCCAGUUAGAACAUACACUCAUGAGGUUGUGACAUUGUGGUACAGGGCCCCCGAGAUCCUCCUGGGCAGCAGGUUCUACUCCACCCCAGUAGAUUUGUGGUCCCUCGGCUGUAUCUUUGCAGAAAUGAUGACAAGACGUGCAUUGUUUCAAGGAGAUUCUGAAAUUGACCAGCUUUUUAGGAUCUUCAGAACACUUGGAACUCCAGAUGAGAGUGUUUGGCCAGGCGUGUCCCAGCUACCAGAUUACAAAUCCUCCUUCCCCAAGUGGCCCCAGCAGUCAAUCUGUAGCAUUGUUCCACAUCUAACAGGGGACGGGCUGGACUUAAUGGCAAAAAUGUUGAAAUAUGAGCCCAGUCAGAGGAUAUCAGCCAAGAAGUCUCUGACUCAUCCUUACUUUAAUGGAGUCUGCAAACAAAGGCCACCACAGAUCUUCAAGUGAGAGGAAGUCUGCCUAUUUUAAGUGCCCUUCUUCUUACCUCCCACAUAAUCAUAAUAAUUGAUGUGUUCAAAUACAUGACUGUGAUAUAACAACUGUGUUUAGCUAAGACAUCUUUAUUUCACUCAAAAGGAAUCUUUAAAAAAAUUGAUGAAAUGUUACAACUGUUUGAUUUUAUUUGUCUCUAUUUUUCAUGGUAAUAUGUACAUGUAAUUACUUGUAUAUCUUUACAGAAACACCAUAUUGAACUGACUCCAUUUUAUUAUAAUAAACAUUUUUUGAUAAUUUACACGCUGUAAUUUGGCAUAAACAAAACAAAAUGUGUCAAAUUCACUAACAAUAAAUUGAAUUAUAACAUGUACCCCUGGUAAUGCUGAAUGAAUUUUUAGACAUUUUUAAAUGUUACAAAUAGUAUUCAGUUAUGUUCAAUUUUUAUUUUAUCGGAUACAUGUAUACGUAAUCGUAUUUUGUAUUCCGUAUUUGAAUUAAGUAUAUUUUUAUUUAUAUCCACUUUCAAGUGUAACAUAAAUGUACUUUACCGGUAAUUACACACACACACAAACACACACAUGUAUAUAUAAUUAUAUAUGAUCAUGCAUUUUCUUAAUAGCAAACCAAGUAAAUGAUAUGUAAAUAAAUUUCAGUUUGGUUCAGUGUGUACUAUCGUCUAUCAUUAUGAUAAUCCAAUGAUGAAUGGCAUUGUUAAAUAUCUCUGUUGAGAAUAUACCUAAGUAUAUUAUUUGUACUAAGUGUUGUUAAUUAAAUAUGAAACCCACUA